AUGUCGCAGCCGCCGCUGCUCCCCGCCUCGGCCGAGACUCGGAAGUUUACCCGGGCGCUGAGUAAGCCCGGCACGGCGGCGGAGCUGCGGCAGAGCGUGUCAGAGGUGGUGCGCGGCUCUGUGCUUCUGGCAAAGCCAAAGCUAAUUGAGCCACUGGACUAUGAAAAUGUCAUUGUUCAGAAGAAGACACAGAUCUUGAAUGAUUGUUUAAGGGAGAUGCUGCUUUUCCCUUAUGACGACUUUCAGACUGCGAUUCUCAGGCGACAGGGUCGAUACAUAUGCUCUACAGUUCCUGCAAAUGCGGAACAAGAAGCACAGAGCUUAUUUGUUACAGAGGAUGCUGCCUCCCUUGGUUCUCAGAAAGGUGGGAUCACUAAGCACGGGUGGCUGUACAAAGGCAACAUGAACAGUGCAAUAAGUGUGACCAUGAGGUCAUUUAAGAGACGAUUUUUCCACUUGAUUCAACUUGGUGAUGGAUCCUAUAAUUUGAAUUUUUAUAAAGAUGAAAAGAUCUCUAAGGAACCAAAAGGAUCAAUUUUUCUGGAUUCCUGCAUGGGUGUGGUUCAGAACAACAAAGUCAGGCGUUUUGCUUUUGAACUUAAGAUGCAAGACAAAAGUAGUUAUCUUUUGGCAGCAGACAGUGAAAUGGAAAUGGAAGAAUGGAUUACAACUUUAAACAAGAUUCUCCAACUCAACUUUGAAGCUGCAAUGCAAGAAAAGCGAAAUGGAGAUGCUCAUGAAGAUGAUGAACAAAGCAAAUUGGAAGGUUCUGGUUCCGGUUUAGAUAGCUACCUCCCUGAACUUGCCAAGAGUACCAGAGAAGCAGAAAUCAAACUGAAAAGUGAAAGCAGAGUUAAACUUUUUUACUUGGACCCAGAUGCCCAGAAGCUUGACUAUUCAUCAGCUGAACCAGAAGUGAAGCCAUUUGAAGAGAAGUUUGGAAAACGAAUUCUUGUCAAAUGCAAUGAUUUGUCUUUCAAUUUACAAUGCUGUGUUGCUGAAAAUGAAGAAGGACCCACUACAAAUGUAGAGCCUUUCUUUGUUACUCUAUCCCUGUUUGAUAUAAAGUACAACCAAAAGAUUUCUGCUGAUUUCCAUGUGGACCUGAACCAUUUCUCAGUGAGACAGAUGCUGGCUCCCAUACCCCCAUCCCUGAUGAACGGCAGCGGGCAGCGCUCACCAGCACUCCAGGGCAUCCUUCAGGAGGCCGCCAUGCAGUACCCGAAGCAGGGAAUAUUUUCAGUGACGUGUCCUCAUCCAGAUAUAUUUCUUGUGGCCAGAAUUGAGAAAGUCCUCCAGGGAAGCAUCACACAUUGUGCUGAGCCAUAUAUGAAAAGUUCAGACUCUUCUAAGGUUGCCCAGAAAGUGUUGAAGAACGCCAAGCAGGCAUGUCAAAGACUAGGACAGUACAGAAUGCCAUUUGCUUGGGCAGCAAGGACAUUGUUUAAGGAUGCAUCUGGAAACCUUGAUAAAAAUGCUAGAUUUUCUGCCCUCUACAAGCAAGACAGCAAUAAGCUAUCAAAUGAUGACAUGCUGAAGUUACUUGCAGACUUUCGGAAACCUGAGAAGAUGGCUAAACUCCCAGUGAUUUUAGGCAAUCUAGAUAUUACAAUUGAUAAUGUUUCCUCAGACUUGCCUAAUUAUGUUAAUUCAUCUUACAUUCCCAUGAAGCAAUUUGAAACCUGUACUAAAACUCCAAUCACGUUUGAGAUAGAGGAAUUUGUGCCCUGCAUACCAAAACACACUCAGCCUUACACUAUCUAUAACAACCACCUUUAUGUUUAUCCUAAGUAUUUGAAAUAUGACAGCCAAAAGUCUUUUGCCAAGGCUAGAAAUAUUGCUGUUUGCAUUGAAUUUAAAGAUUCAGAUGAAGAAGAUGCUCAGCCUCUGAAGUGCAUUUAUGGCCGACCUGGUGGGCCAGUGUUCAUGAGAAGCGCCUUUGCUGUGGUUUUACACCAUCACCAAAAUCCAGAAUUUUAUGAUGAGAUUAAAAUAGAAUUACCCACCCAGCUACACGAAAAGCACCAUUUGUUGUUCACAUUCUUCCAUGUCAGCUGUGAUAAUUCAAGUAAAGGAAGCACAAAAAAGAAGGACGUCAUUGAAACACAAGUUGGAUAUUCCUGGCUUCCUCUCCUGAAAGAUGGAAGAGUGGUGACUAAUGAGCAGCACAGCCCUGUAUCAGUGACUCUUCCGUCUGGCUACCUUGGCUACCAGGAGCUUGGAAUGGGAAGGCAUUAUGGUCCAGAAAUUAAAUGGGUAGAUGGAGGCAAGCCACUGCUGAAAGUUGCAACUCAUCUGGUUUCUACAGUGUACACUCAGGAUCAGCACUUACAUAAUUUUUUCCAGUACUGUCAGAAAACCGAAUCUGGAGCCCAGGCCUUAGGGAGUGAACUUGUAAAAUACCUCAAGAGUCUUCAUGCAAUGGAAGGCCAUGUGAUGAUUGCCUUCUUGCCCACCAUUUUAAACCAGCUAUUCCGAGUCCUCACCAGAGCGACCCAGGAGGAAGUUGCAGUCAACGUGACACGGGUCAUUAUUCAUGUGGUUGCCCAGUGCCAUGAGGAAGGAUUGGAAAGCCAUUUGAGGUCAUAUGUUAAGUAUGCUUAUAAGGCUGAACCAUAUGUUGCCUCUGAAUAUAAGACAGUGCAUGAAGAACUGACCAAAUCCAUGACCACAAUUCUCAAGCCUUCUGCUGAUUUCCUCACCAGCAACAAACUACUUAAGUAUUCAUGGUUUUUCUUCGAUGUUUUGAUAAAAUCCAUGGCUCAGCACUUGAUAGAGAACUCCAAAGUUAAGUUACUUCGAAACCAGAGGUUUCCUGCAUCGUUUCAUCAUGCAGUUGAAACUGUUGUUAAUAUGCUGAUGCCACACAUCACUCAGAAGUUUAGAGAUAACCCAGAGGCGUCCAAGAAUGCAAACCAUAGCCUUGCUGGCUUCAUCAAGAGAUGUUUCACCUUUAUGGACAGGGGCUUUGUUUUUAAGCAAAUCAACAACUACAUCAGUUGCUUUGCUCCUGGAGAUCCAAAGACUCUUUUUGAAUACAAAUUUGAAUUCCUUCGUGUGGUGUGCAAUCAUGAGCAUUACAUUCCUUUGAAUUUACCAAUGCCAUUUGGAAAAGGCCGGGUUCAAAGAUACCAAGAUCUCCAGCUUGAUUACGCAUUAACAGAUGAGUUCUGCAGAAACCACUUCUUGGUGGGACUGUUGCUGAGAGAGGUGGGGACUGCUCUCCAGGAGUUUCGAGAAGUCCGUCUGAUUGCCAUCAGUGUGCUCAAGAACCUGCUGAUAAAGCAUUCUUUUGAUGACAGAUAUGCUUCAAGGAGCCAUCAAGCAAGGAUAGCCACUCUCUACCUACCUCUGUUUGGUCUGCUUAUUGAGAACGUCCAGCGGAUCAAUGUGAGGGACGUGUCACCCUUCCCUGUGAACCCCAGCAGUACUGUGAAGGAUGAAUCACUUAAUUUGCCAGCUGUGAAUCCAUUAGUGACACCGCAGAAGUCGGGUAACACAUUGGAUAACAACCUGCACAAAGACCUCUUUGGUGCUAUCUCUGGCAUUGCUUCUCCAUAUACAACUUCAACUCCAAAUAUCAAUAGUGUGAGGAAUGCUGAUUCAAGAGGAUCUCUGAUAAGCACAGAUUCGGGCAACAGCCUUCCCGAAAGGAACAGUGAGAAAAGCAAUUCACUGGAUAAGAACCAGCAGAGUGGCACUUUGGGAAAUUCUGUGGUUCGCUGUGACAAACUUGACCAGUCUGAGAUUAAGAGCCUGCUGAUGUGUUUCCUGUACAUCUUAAAAAGCAUGUCUGAUGAUGCUUUAUUUACUUAUUGGAACAAGGCUUCAACGUCUGAGCUUAUGGAUUUUUUUACAAUAUCUGAAGUCUGUUUGCAUCAGUUCCAGUACAUGGGAAAACGAUACAUAGCCAGGAACCAGGAGGGUUUGGGACCCAUAGUUCAUGAUCGCAAAUCUCAGACAUUGCCUGUUUCCCGUAACAGAACAGGAAUGAUGCAUGCCAGAUUGCAGCAGCUGGGCAGCCUGGAUAACUCUCUCACUUUUAACCACAGCUAUGGCUACUCGGACGCGGAUGUUCUUCACCAGUCCUUACUUGAAGCCAACAUUGCUACUGAGGUUUGCCUUACGGCUCUCGACACACUCUCCCUAUUUACAUUGGCAUUUAAGAACCAGCUCCUGGCUGACCAUGGACAUAAUCCUCUCAUGAAAAAAGUUUUUGAUGUUUAUCUAUGUUUUCUUCAAAAACAUCAGUCUGAAACUGCUUUAAAGAAUGUCUUCACUGCCUUAAGGUCAUUAAUUUAUAAGUUUCCAUCAACGUUUUAUGAAGGGAGAGCAGACAUGUGUUCUGCUCUGUGCUAUGAGAUUCUCAAAUGCUGCAACUCCAAGCUGAGCUCCAUCAGAACCGAGGCCUCCCAGCUGCUGUACUUCCUGAUGAGGAAUAACUUUGAUUACACUGGAAAGAAAUCCUUUGUGCGGACACAUUUGCAAGCAGCAAUGUGUUAUGUCCAUGUAACAGCACUGGUGGCAGAAUAUCUCACACGGAAAGGCAUGUUUAGACAAGGAUGUAUCGCCUUCAGGGUAAUUACCCCAAACAUAGAUGAGGAGGCCUCCAUGAUGGAAGAUGUUGGAAUGCAGGAUGUCCAUUUCAACGAGGACGUGCUGAUGGAGCUCCUAGAGCAGUGUGCAGAUGGACUGUGGAAGGCUGAGCGCUAUGAGCUGAUUGCUGACAUCUAUAAACUCAUCAUCCCCAUUUACGAGAAGCGGAGGGAUUUUGAGAGGCUGGCCCAUCUGUAUGACACACUGCACCGGGCCUACAGCAAGGUGACUGAGGUCAUGCAUUCAGGCCGCAGGCUCCUGGGCACCUACUUCCGAGUGGCCUUCUUUGGGCAGGGAUUCUUUGAAGAUGAAGAUGGAAAGGAGUAUAUUUACAAAGAACCCAAGCUCACACCUCUAUCAGAAAUUUCUCAAAGACUCCUUAAACUUUACUCUGAUAAAUUUGGUUCUGAAAAUGUCAAAAUGAUUCAGGAUUCUGGCAAGGUCAACCCUAAGGAUCUGGAUUCCAAGUACGCAUAUAUCCAAGUGACUCACGUGAUCCCAUUCUUUGAUGAAAAAGAAUUGCAAGAGAGGAAAACGGACUUUGAGAGAUCCCAUAACAUCCGGCGCUUCAUGUUCGAGAUGCCCUUCACGCAGACGGGAAAGAGGCAGGGUGGGGUGGAGGAGCAGUGCAAGCGGCGCACAGUCCUCACAGCAAUACACUGCUUCCCCUACGUGAAGAAGAGGAUCCCCGUCAUGUACCAGCAUCACACUGAUCUGAACCCCAUCGAAGUGGCUAUCGACGAAAUGAGCAAGAAGGUGGCAGAACUCCGACAGCUGUGCUCCUCGGCCGAGGUGGACAUGAUCAAGCUGCAGCUCAAGCUCCAGGGCAGUGUGAGCGUUCAGGUCAACGCUGGUCCACUGGCAUAUGCCCGAGCUUUCUUAGAUGACACAAACACAAAAAGAUACCCUGACAAUAAAGUAAAGCUGCUUAAAGAAGUUUUCAGACAAUUUGUGGAAGCUUGUGGUCAAGCCUUAGCAGUAAAUGAACGUCUGAUUAAAGAAGACCAAUUAGAGUAUCAGGAAGAAAUGAAGGCCAAUUACAGGGAAAUGGCAAAAGAGCUUUCUGAGAUUAUGCAUGAGCAGAUCUGCCCCCUGGAGGAGAAGUCAAGUGUCCUACCGAAUUCCCUUCACAUCUUCAAUGCCAUCAGUGGGACUCCAACAAGCACAAUGGUUCACGGGAUGACCAGUUCUUCUUCAGUGGUGUGA